AUGUCGUCUUUAGAGGAUUUAUCGAAUGAACUCAUCUAUGAUUUAUUUGAUUAUCUUUAUUAUGACGAUAUUUACAAAGGGUUUAGAGGUUUGAAUCAACGAUUCGAAAAUUUAACUGCAAGUACAUCACGUAUGCACGCUGAUAUUACACCGCUUAAAUUUGAUUCAUAUUAUAAAUAUAUUUUUCCAGAAAUGAAACAUCGACUUGCAUCAUUGAAAUUCUCGAAUUGGGAUUUUUCAGAUUCUAAUCAAUUUUGGAAACAACAUCCAUUAGCUGAAUUUAGUAACUUAUAUUCAUUAAUUCUUAAUGGUUGUUUACCAUCUUUUAGGCAUGCAUUACCAACAGUAAAAUAUUUAAAGAUUUAUGAUUGUCGUAAUUUUUAUACAGAUUUUUAUUCUAUUAAACAUGUAUUAAAAUUUUGUCCAAAUUUGAAAGAAUUUUCGUUCGUUUUAACCGGUGAUAAUGUUAUUGCUACAUCUUGUGAACAUUUAUUAGCAGCAUUUACAAAGGAUAACUCCAUCAAAUUUUUUCUGCUGUUUGAAGCAAGAUAA